GCGGGUGAGGUCACGUGCCCAGCGGGCGAGGCAGGGGCGGAGCGUCGCGGGAGGUGGGGGCGGGGUAUGGCGCGCUGUGCGGCGCUGGGCGGCUGGCACAAACGACGGCGCCGAGGCCGGAGGAAAAAGCUCGCCACCCUGACGGGUCCUUUCCCAAGCCCCUAGGGGUGGCAGAGGACUUGGGGACCAGCGAGCACCCCCAGGGCACGAGAAGAGCCUCUGCUGCCUGCCCUGCCUCAUCCUGCCCCACGCCAGGCUCAGCCGUUCCGGCCCCCGGCUGCAUCAAGUGGAGGAGGCGGAGGCGGAGGAGGGUGGCACCAUGGGCCCGGGCCGUGCCCUCCAUGCCCGGGGGAUGAAGACGCUGCUGCCAUGGACAGCCCGUGCCAGCCGCAGCCCUUGAGUCAGGCUCUCCCUCAGUUGCCGGGUUCUGUGUCAGAGCCCUUGGAGCCUGGCCGGGCCAGGAUGGGGGUGGAGAGUUACCUGCCCUGUCCCCUGCUACCCUCCUACCACCGACCAGGAGCACCUGGUGAGGCCUCGGCGGGGAGCGGGACCCCCAGGGUCACAGCCACUUCCACCACAGCCAGCCCCCUGCGGGAGGGCUUAGGCGGGCAGGAUGGUGGUGAGCUGCGGCCCCUGCAGAGUGAGGGCGCUGCAGCACUGGUCACCAAGGGGUGCCAGCGACUGGCGGCCCAGGGCGCCCGGCCUGCAGCCCCCAAACGGAAGUGGGCAGAGGAUGGCGGGGAUGCCCCUGCACCCAGCAAGCGGUCCUGGGCCAGGCAGGAGAACCGGGAGGCAGAGGCCGAAGGGGAGGGCGGGAUGGGCUGUAGCAGUGACAGUGGCGAGGCCAGCGCAGGGCUGAGGGAGGAGGUGCUGCCCGCCACGCCCGAGCGCCUGGCCCUGGACUAUAUUGUGCCCUGCAUGCGGUACUAUGGCAUCUGUGUCAAGGACAGCUUCCUGGGGGCAGCAUUGGGUGGCUGUGUGCUGGCCGAGGUGGAGGCCCUGAAGCGGAGUGGGCGCCUGCGUGACGGGCAGCUGGUGAGCCAGCGGGCUAUCCCGCCACGCAGCAUUCGCGGGGACCAGAUUGCCUGGGUGGAAGGCCACGAGCCGGGCUGCCGAAGCAUCGGGGUCCUCAUGGCCCACGUGGAUGCUGUAAUCCGCCACUGUGCUGGGCGCCUGGGUGGCUACGUCAUCAACGGGCGCACCAAGGCCAUGGUGGCGUGUUACCCAGGCAACGGGCUGGGGUACGUGAGGCAUGUUGACAAUCCCCAUGGCGAUGGCCGCUGCAUCACCUGUAUCUAUUACCUGAAUCAGAACUGGGACGUCAAGGUGCAUGGCGGCCUGCUGCAGAUCUUCCCUGAGGGCCGGCCUGUGGUUGCCAACAUCGAGCCACUCUUUGAUCGGUUGCUCAUUUUCUGGUCUGAUCGGCGGAACCCCCAUGAGGUGAAACCAGCCUAUGCCACCAGGUACGCCAUCACUGUCUGGUAUUUUGAUGCCAAGGAGCGGGCAGCAGCCAAAGACAAGUAUCAGCUAGCAUCCGGGCAGAAAGGUGUCCAAGUACCUGUCUCACAACCUGCUACGCCCACCUAGUGGCCAGCCCCAGAGCUGCAUGGACAGACAGCUUGCCCUGACUUCGGGAGAGCCUUUGGCCCCUGUGCUGCUGGCCCAGCAGCCCACCGGUCUCGGUGCCUGCUCCUUUUCUGCCACCGCUGCUGCUUCUGGCUUUGCCUCUGUCCUGCUUGGUGUGGAGGGCUCCGUCUGACGCUGAGGACCAAGGAGGAGGAGAGACCUCUGCUGCCCUUUGAUGGGGGCUGGGGUUGUGACCUGGGCAGGGGCCAGCAUUGGGAACUACAGUCACUGGAGCUGGGGGCCUGUGGCUUGCCCUGUCUGGUCGUGCCCCUGAGACAUGGAGAGCUGGAAGGAGGUAUUGCUGCCUCCCACCAGGAUGCAGGAAUAGGGGUGGGAAUGUCAUGGCCUAAUGCUGGCAAAGGUUUGUUGUGGCGGGGGAGUAUCUCCAAGCCCCUCCCCCCCAACUCCUCCAGCCUGGAAUGUGAAGUGACUCCCCAACCCCUAUGGCCGUGGCACCUUUUGGACUAGGCUGCCACUACGUGGGCAGGAGAAGAGGUGCUGGGAGGAGCAUGGGCGUGAAAAGUCCUGUCAGCCAAGAAAUAAAAGUUUACCUCAGAGCUGCAAA